UGACAUUUGCUUGAAGCCUUUAGGCGAAGAUUGUGCCACUCAAAGUAUUUUGCAGUAUUUUCAAAUGGACCCUGACAAUUAUGACGACUAUGGAGGUGUUGAACAUGCUGAGUACUGUUUUCAGCAUUACACUUCUACAGAAACAUGCUUUAGUGCAUUUAAGGCUCCUCUUGAGCCAACUGUGGCCUUGGGAGGGUUUUCCGGGAACAAUUAUUCUGAGGCUUCUGCAUUUGUUAUCACGUACCCUGUGAAUAAUGCAAUUAUGAAAGUUGGAGAUGAGAAUGGGAAGGCAAUAGCUUGGGAAAAAGCCUUCAUCCAAUUAGCUAAGGAAGAAUUGCUGCCAUUGGUGCAAACUAGCAAUCUUACCUUGUCAUUUUCAACUGAAAGUUCAAUUGAGGAAGAAUUAGAGAGAGAAAGCACUGCAGAUGUAGUAACAAUACUUGUGAGCUAUAUUGUGAUCUUUGCUUAUAUAUCGGUGACCUUGGGAGAUACACCUCAUCCAUCUUCUUUCUUCCUCUCAUCUAAGAAUUGGAGUGUCACUGCUUUCCUUCUCACAUCAGAACAAGACUUCAUUAAAUUUUGUCUUGAACAGGGGUUAGGAAUAUAUGCUGCUAGGGCCCAGCACAGGGGUGUAGCCGAUUUGACACUUCUACCUAUACCUUCAAGAAAAUUCAGAAGUCCAGUGAUAAUACCAAUGCUUGACAAAUUUAGAGUAAUGGUACUAAUGGUUGCACAAGUUCCAAUGCAACCGAAGUCUGAAGAUGGAAGAUAA